GUGGAAAUGAGUGUUUCAAAAUCUGGUCUGCUGUAGUGAGUUCUGUAACCUGGAUCAUUUCUUACUGGAUGUAAAGAGAAGUAACGUCCAAAGAACCGAGUGGAGCUGAGUGAACGGCAGACAGUGUGAACACUAAUGGAUGAGCCAUGGUACAGACGGUAUUUCUGGCUCCUGGUUUUUGGAGGCAUUAUUCUUGUUAUAGCCAUCAUCUGCUUUGUCAUAGUCUGUUGCUGUAUAAAGCAAAUAUCAAGAAGUCUAACAUUGCGAAGGACUUUAAAACAAGAGAAAAAGGAGAAACGAGACCAAACUGUAGCAGUAAUUACAGCCAACAGACUUUAUCAGCCAACGGCUCCACCUACAAUUAUGUUACCAGGAACACCAGCACAUCAGUAUGAUACCAAUGCAAAAGUAGAUAUUACAAACCAAGUGAUGUACUCUACUGUGAAGAAAGAGCCAGUCCAUCGUCAGCAACAAGGAAUAAAUUCUGCAUAUAAUGGCCCCAACUAUAAAGCAGAGUUACAGCUACCCAGCAUGAAUGACAGAUUUUCAUAUACAUCUUAUGAUUCCGUUGGACACAUCACCGACAUUGAUUACGUGAAUACAGACAAUACCAAUGCAAAAGUAGACGUUUCACACCAAGUGAUGUACUCUACUGUGAAGAAAGAGCCAGUCCAUCGUCAGCAACAAGGAAUAAAUUCUGCAUAUAAUGGCCCCAACUAUAAAGCAGAGUUACAGCUACCCAGCAUGAAUGACAGAUUUUCAUAUACAUCUUAUGAUUCCGUUGGAUACAUCACAGACAUUGAUUACGUGAAUACAGACAACCGUGCUAAAGACCUGGAAUAUAUUGACGUGCUUGCAGAAGAUGAUAAUGAUUAUGAUGAUGUGGAUAUUAUCUGACCUUAUAAUGUAGUCGCUUAUAUUCCCAACCAAAGCGAACAAGCUACUUGACUAAAAAACAGACUGCUCUAAACGGCAACAUCUAAUACAUUUUAAUUAUUAAUUAUCUAUUUUAUAGUUAAUAUAUUUUAUUAGUUUAUAGAUGUAAUUUAUCUCUGCAUCAUGUUCAUGUUUUAUAUUUUUAAAUUAUACCUAACCUAAAUACAUUUGUGAAAAGCUAAGGAGGCAAUAACUAUUGAACGGUGGGGAAAGAUUAUAUACAAGCAUAUUGUCAGGAGCUUUUACUGAUCUUUCAAACAACUUUGUUUCAUCAUUGAUUUCUAUGAUACAUUCCCAGGGUAAAAUCUGCAGUUAAAAAAUGUCUGAAAAAGAAAAGUUUCUCGUUGUAUCAACUGUUGAGACAUGACUAUCCUGUAGGUUCCUAGUACACAUACUGCCCCACAUUUUAGAACAGGAAGUAUAGUUGUAUACUUGUCCGUAUCUCUACUGUCAGAACUUCCAUUCUCAGCAGGUGACUGCAAGGGGUUAUUCCACAAUUAUUGUAGAAAAUGAGACUUAACACAGUAUAUGACCCUAACAAAGCUAGAACCAGCACUUUACCUUAUGUGGAUCCAGAGAUCUCCUCUGUAAGAAGCAUGGUGGCUCAGCAGUUAGCACUGGUACCUUGCAGCAAUCUGUCUUUCAACCAGUCCUUGUGUCAAUGCUUAUUUAAAUAUGUUUUGUAUUAUUUUUUUUCAAUAAAAUUUCUAAAAAUUUUUAUACUG